AUGCGUGCGUCUGACGUCACCGGAAGUACGUUUUCACUCUUUGUGGUUCCUGUACCUUCCGUUGUGUAAGUCGGGGCUUGGGCCUUGUUACCGGAGGUGUGGUAAUUGUAUGUUUGGAGUUUGCGGUCAGGCCGCCCGGUAUGACUUCAUCUAGCAGCCCGUCCGAGGGGAGGAGAGUGUCUGAGCUCCGAGUUAUCGACCUCAAGUCCGAAUUUAAGUGAAGGAACUUGGAUGUAACCGGGGUGAAGAACGUGCUGGUGGCCCCGCUGAAGCAGGCAAUUAGAGGGGACCCUGACAAUAUCGAAUUGAAUUCUGACAGCAACACUCCCUCAAAGAAGCAAAUAAAGAGCAAAGGUGUGCAUCUCAGUAAGAAGCAGGGAGCUGAUGACUCUGGUUGAAAGCGCCUAUGGAAGGAGAUUCAUUUAAGGGCCAAGGGGCAACCUCUUUGGUGUUACUUUUAAGGUGGACUCAAGAAAACCGAAUUCAGUGAGAAAUCUGUGUUUUUCCAUAAAAAGCUGUUAACAAUGGCCGAAUUGUUUAUGGAAUGUGAAGAAGAAGAGCUUGAACCAUGGCAGCAAAGUUCUAAAGAAAUUAUCAUUGAUGAUGAUGAAGAUGAUGAUGAACCAAUUUUUGUUCGAGAGAUUAGUGUUUCAAAGACGACUAAUACAAACAAUGCAACAGGAGACCAGCCUGGUUCAUUUACACAGACUAAGAAUGGUGUAUCUAACCAAGGAAACAACGCGUUUCUGAUGUUAAAUAACCACUGCAAUCCUUCUGUUGCAACUCACACUGUAACUCAGCCAGUCAUACCUAUGUUCCAACCAGUUAGUAGGCCAGUAACAAGUUCUGCCAUCGUUCAACCACUGCAAAGACCUCUUGGCAUGCAAGAGCCAAUGCGGAAACCGGCAAUGGGAUGUAUGCCAGCGCAGCAGCCCCCCAGAGCAAAUCUAGCCAUGCAAACUGUGUGUAGACCCCAGACGUUUGUUCAAAAUCCUGUUCCAGCAUGUAGAAACCCUACAGCUCCUACAGUAUCACAGCCACCUCUUCGACCUGUUGCCACCAUCACUGCACAGCCAGUAAUACUAAAUCAGGGUUACAUUACGGAUUCUUCCCAGGUCGCCUCUAAUUAUUCUAAUGUAAUGUUUACAUUGCGACCAAGCACAGCAUUAACACAAUACCAAAGUGUGCAAACAUUUACUGCAUCAGGAAGUUCUACUUCAUUAGUUCGGCCACUGCAACCAUUACCCCAAUUCCACCCUGUUUCAGCUCCGGCAAGGACAGCUCCCACUUUUAUUCAUAGACCUACUCCUCCAGCCCCACCAAUUAAGCAGAACAUCAACAACUCAGUACCAGGACUUCAGCAACCUUUACUCCUGCAUUCUCAGAAAACCCAACAAACUGUAUUUAUGCAAAAUGCAGCAGCAAACUCUGGACGAAAUGAAAAUGCAUUAGUGGAAAAAAGACCACCUCCUAUUGACUUGACUGAUGACUCUCCAAAAAAGCACAAAACCAAUGAGAAUUUACCUGAUAAAAGGUCAGCUGCAGCAUCUACUACAGCAUCUACCCCAAUGUCUUCACCUGGUAGACAACAGCAAACUACCUUACUGCAAAAUACGAAAGGUGCUAAUGCUGCUUCAACUCCUACAAAAAAUGGAACACAAUUCCCUCGAGCUUGUCCAAAGUGCAAUAUACACUUUAACCUGUUGGAACCUAUGAAAAAACACAUGACGUAUUGCUGUCCAGAGAAAAUGCAUAUAUUUUUUUCUUGUGGAGUAACAAACUCUACACCAAUAAACACAGAGGAUGAUAAUGAAAAAGGAAAGUUGAUCAUGCUAGUUAGCGACUUUUAUUAUGGACGUUAUACCGGAGAUUUGCAGUUGAUGCAUCAAGAAGAGAAGACUCACAAUACAUUCAAGUGUUUCAGCUGUCAAAAAGUUCUCAGGAACAAUAUAAAAUUCAUGAACCACAUGAAACAUCACUUGGAACUUGAGAAGCAAAGUACAGAAAGUUGGGAAAACCACACCACCUGCCACCACUGUCACCGCCAGUUCUCUACCCCCUUCCAACUGCAAUGCCACAUUGAGAGUUCUCACACAUUAUAUGAAUCCACAACCAUUUGCAAGAUCUGUGAAUUAUCAUUUGAUUCUGAACAGAUUCUUUUACAACAUAUGAAAGACAAUCAUAAACCUGGGGAGAUGCCAUAUGUUUGUCAGGUGUGCAAUUACAGAUCUUCUGUUUUUGCUGAUGUUGAUAACCAUUUUCGGAGUACCCAUGAGAACACUAAAAGUUUGUUAUGUCCAUUUUGUCUGAAAGUUAUCAAGUCUGGAACGCCUUACAUGCAGCAUUAUAUGAAGCACCAGAAUAAAGGUGUUUAUAGAUGUGCUAAAUGCAGACUGCAGUUUUUGUCUUGUAAAGAGAAAAUGGAUCAUAAAACUCAGCAUCACAGGACAUUCAGGAAGCCAAAACAACUAGAAGGUCUUCCUCCAGGAACAAAGGUUACAAUUCGGGCAUCUGUCGGAGUUCCAUCAAGUCCAGUUUCUUCUCCCACUUCUUCAAUUUCCAAAAACCCAACUCUGCAACCCCAACCCCUAACCCAAACUGCAACUCCACCUCAACCCUCUGUUCUGCCUCUUUACUCACUACCCAAGUCACCUCCAAAAAUGAAACCUAAAAACCCUAAAAGUAAUCUGAAGCCAACAGCUAAAAUAAAGGUACAUUCUUCCAAAACCAAGUCUUCUCCAAAGAAGCCUGUGACUGUGAACACUGCAAGAAGAAAUAAAAUGAUCAACACAGCUUUGCAAAACCUAAGGGUUAUCCCAGGAAUACAUAAAUGCAUUGAGUGUCACCGCCAGGUGGUAGAUUUUGAAGGUCAUUUUCACACUUACAUACACUGCAGCAAAUGCAAGUUCAGUACCAACUGUAACAAAGCCUAUACAAACCAUGUAGUGAGGUUUCAUGGCAGGAACUCCAGCAAACGUUCCAAGGCUUCUAAGAAGGGCCCCUGUGACAAAAGGCGUAUAACUGUGGUGUGCCUGAACUGUGAUUUCCUGACUGACGUUUCUGGUUUAGAUGAUAUGGCCAGACAUUUGAGUGAAAAUCACACUCAUUCAUGCCAAGUGGUCACAGAAAAUGUUUCCAUAUUUUCCUCAACUCAUGAAGGAGACAUGUCUAUAUCAAGACUUCAAUUUUCAAUUGAACUGAAGAAGAUUCGUGAAAAGAUGGAAAAACCUGACUCACAUGCUGAAGGAGAUGAAAGCUUGGAAGAAGACACCCCAGUUGCUACCAAGGAAGAAGACAAUUCACAUGAAAGCAAUACAAGUGUAUUAAGUGAAGCACACACUACAUCUGUUAUGCAGGUACCUGGAAACAUUGAAAUUCCAGACAGCUGCUCUCCAAAAUCAGAAGAAGGAACUCAACUUAUAGACUCUUAUAAUAAAGAUGAUUGUGACAUUGUACAAGAGAAGGUGUCUUCUGAAAUGACUAGUACUGAACCAAGUAAGCAUACGGAUAGCAGUACUGAACCAAGUAAGCAUACGGAUAGCAAAAUUAUUACAAACGAGAACGAUAAUGUGUGUUUGGUGCUAAAGGAAGAUUAUGAUCCAGAUUCAGAUAUUUCUAGAGAUGAUGCUGGGUUUGAUCAAUAUUUUAGUAAACAAGCUCCCCAAUCUGAAUGUUCUGACAUUAGUGAGCCAAGUAGCAUUCAUCUGGAUCCAUUAACUCCUUCAGAAGUGUUAGAGCAUGAAGCUACAGAAAUACUACAGAAAGGGACUGUUGUCGAUAGAAGUGAAGAAAAAGCAGAAGACACUAAAGACAGUAGCACAAAUAUAUCUGAUACAAUUAUAAGGAAAGAAGAACCUGAAGAAGCUUUAUAAAUGGCAAGAAGAGCUGGAGACAGUCUUACAGAUGCAUUACUUACAUCAAUUUUGUUGUCAUAAAGUAAAUUUAGUCAGAUGAACUGGCUAUUUCUCAGAAAUAACUGCCAAAAAGCAGUAUUGUGCUGUGAAAGCAACAUAAAACUAAAAUAACUGUUUUUAUAACUACUUUUUACAGCAUUAAAUUUUAUAGGGCAGCUAGAAAGUAUUGAAAACAUUGAAAAUAUGUUUUAAGUUGGCUAGAUCAGAAUGUGUUCUUUAAGCUUGAGUCGUAAGUCAGAUGUACCAGGAAUAAUUCUUUUGUAUAUCAUUCAUGGUUUUUAAGGAAAGUAUUAAGCUUUUCAUGUUGAAUUUCAUUGAAAGGAGUUUUUUUGUUUUGACAAGGAAAUCAUACCUAUUUUAAAAGGUUUUAUUUGAUGAAAGAAAACAAAACUAUGCACCUGAACUGGUGUAAUCCUGCCAGCCUAAUCUUAUCUUGUUUUUAAACUUUCAAUGAAAGUGCAAAAAUACAUUAUUGACAUGUUUUUGUAUAUAGUUUUAAAAAUAUACAUAUAUCUAUAUAUGUAGGAAACAUUCAUACUGGAGUUGUAAAUUCUUUGGAAUAUGAAACAUAAUGACCAAGUAUUAUACUCUAAUUCAGAGCACACAAGCUCAAGAUAGUAUCUAGUUGUCAAAAUGACAGGAUAAACCUCAUUUUUAAUACCCUUAACGUUAUUGCCUUUUGCAAUUAAUAAAAAUUGUCAACAUCAUAGCUUUAUAGGAAUUGCAGUGUGUGACCUUGCUUUGGAAAUCAAGCAACACACUAUAAAUUCUCUGGCGGCAGCCUAGAAGCUUAUUACUGUAUUAGAUAGUAUUGUGCUAAGGUUUAGCAACAUUGAUAAAUACGUAACAGGUUUUGGAUGCUCCUUAUUUGUGUAAAUAACAAGUGAAACUCCAUCUUAAAUGUGCUUGAAAGACUAUAUUAAAGGGAAACUCCAGACAAAUUCUGUUGUUUCCUGUGUGCUCCAUUAAGGAAUUCUAUGUGUUAGUUUCUAGCCUGUUCUUUUUCUUGUGUGUCUUAAAAAAUAUCACAUUGGGGCUGUUGCAUGACAACAGUGUGACUCUGGCUUCAGUAAUACAACUCACCUAAAACAGUUAUGCAAAUUGUGGCACAACACGUAUAUACACUUAGUCAUUUAAGGCUGCUGCAAAUUACUCCUCACGCUCCCAAUACCACUACAACCUCCACGGAGGAUAAUAGCCGCUGACAGUAAGGUGA